AUGCGAAUAUGGAACCGGAGAGGAGAAGGCAUAGAUAGAAGCCUGAGGCGAAGAGAAGGAUUAGUGGCAGUCGCCGUAGACAAUGAUAAAUCGAGCCAACGAGCUCUCAAAUGGGCUGUUGAACAUUAUAUUCCCCGUGGUAGAUGCAUUAAUCUCGUUCACGUUAAACAAAAAUCGUCAUCUUCCUCCUCAGGAAACCACGAUGCGUUAACAGAAACACAGUUUCAUAAUCAGACAAUAGAAAUGUUUCGAUCAUUGCGUUGUUUCUGCCUUCGAAGACAAGUACAAAGCGAAAUCGCAAUAGUCGAGGAUCAAGAUGUGGCGAAGGCACUCAUUGAAUAUGUUCAUCAGAAUGGUGUUGCCACUUUGAUGCUUGGUGCACCAUCAAAGAAUAGCCUAGCCAGACUGUUUAAGGGAGCAGAUAUACCAAGCAGUGUAAUGAGAUGGGCACCAGAUUUCUGCAAUGUGUUCAUAAUCUCAAAAGGGAAGCUGGCGGCUGUGAGAUCUGCAAGUCGCCCAGUUCCCGCACCUUCCUCAGCUAGCCCUUCGACUGAACGCCUUUCAAAUUUACACGAUGAAGAACCCUAUGUUAUGACACUGUCAAGAGAAGAAGACAGACUAUACGACGAGCUGUCUCGGCUGGAAUCAGACAUAUCGUUCGCAAGCAGCAGCUCGGGAAAGCCAGGCAGUGACGUCACUUACUUGUCAUUCUACGAGAGCCUCGGCGGCAGUUUGCACGGCCGCGACUCGUCGGUGCGGCCCAAGACACUAUCCAGUAGGAGCAGAAACCCUGAGUCGUUGCACUCCAGGUCUCCUAAUCGUGAUUUCUCUGAGGAUCUCGAUUUUUCUUCUCAAGACUACCUUGAAAGAGCUUCUUGUUCUUCUCAAGAUACUGACGAAACGGAUGAUGAGAUGAGGAGGCUAAAGAUGGAGCUCAAGCACACCAUGGACAUGUACCAUGCUGCCUGCAAAGAAGCACUAACAGCAAAACAGAAGGCAAUAGAACUGGAAAAAUGGAAGAAGCAAGAAGAGCACAGAUUGGCGGAGGUAAAAAAGCUGGCAACAGAGAGCGCAUCGGAGUUCAUGGAGAGCGAGAAAGCGAAGCACAAGGCGGCGAUGGAGUCGGUUGAGGCAAAGGAGAAAACAAUGGAGCUUGAGGUGCAGAAGAGGGUGGAGGCAGAACUAAAAGCGCUUAAGGAGGCUGUGGAAAGGAGGAAGAUUUUGGAUGCUUUGGGCCAAUCCAAAAUAAAAUGCAAUGAAGUUACAGUGGAGGCAACUGAUAUAGCUAAAGCAAUAACCGAAUAUGUAUCUGCCAACGCAAUUGACACUUUAGUACUUGGUGCACCAUUAAAAAGUGGCUUUGCAAGUACCUCCCUGUUGGACAGACGAUUUAAAACAGAUAUUCCAAGUACUGUAUCAAAAGGGGCACCAGACUUCUGCACCGUGUACAUCAUCUCCAAAGGGAAAAUCUCAACUGUAAGAACUGCCACAGCUCCACCACCAGCAAGCCCAAGCCCGAGUCCAAGCCCAAGCCCGAGUCCAAGCCCAAGCCCGAGCCUUCAAUUACGGACCCAAUCCAGCCACCAGUCUCGAACGAAUGAUUUCAAGCACCACCACAAGCCAAUAGUUGCAGAGAGGUUCCCACACAUAGAACUACCCCACAGGAUAGAGGAAGACUCAGAGAUGAUCAAGUCACCAUUUACUAGAUCAGCUAGAAGAAAUACCAACAAAUAUAAGCCAUCAAUUCCAGAGACGGAUAUAUCAUUUGUGAGCAGCGGAAGACCAAGCACCGAGCGUACGUUCCCUGCAUUCUAUGAGAAUGUGGAACCAGUAAUGAACCCAGGGCUUUCUCCACGGUUCUCCCCACGGUUUUCAAAUAUCUCAGAGCCUGAUGAUAGAAGGUCUGUUUCAACUUCAUCGUUCACAAGAAAGUCACUAGAUUACCAUUCACCGUGGGAAUCCUCAUCAAGCUCACUAGAAAGUGGGAGAUCAUCAUGCUCGACACAAUACAAUGACGACCUGGAAGCUGAAGUGAAAAGACUAAGAUCGGAGAUCAAGCAAACAAUGGAUAUGUACAAUAACGCCUGCAGAGAAGCAGUCACAGCAAAAUAUAAGGCUAAAGAGCUUAACCGCUGGAAAUUGCAAGAAGAACAUAGAUUAGAAGAGGCAAAACUAGCUGAGGAAGCCGCAUUGGCCUUGGCAGAGAGGGAGAAAGCCAGGUGCAAGGCAGCCCUUGAGGCAGUUGAAUCAGCUAGGAGAAUGGCUGACCUAGAAGCUCAAAAGAGAAUCAGCACAGAAAAGAAGGCUCUCCAAGAAGCUGAGAAGAAGCUACAGAUUACUUUCCCUCGCGUUGAUAUCAGAUAUAGGACAUACAAAAUCGAGGAGCUUGAAGAAGCAACUGAUAAUUUUUCAGAUUCUCGCAAGAUUGGAGAAGGAGGUUAUGGGCCUGUCUUCAAGUGCCGCCUAGACCAUACUCCAGUAGCAGUAAAAGUUCUUCGCCCAGAUGCAUCUCAAGGCCAAUCACAAUUUAACCAAGAGGUUGAAGUAUUAAGCUGCAUUCGGCAUCCAAACAUGGUUCUUCUGCUUGGGGCCUGCCCAGAAUAUGGAUGCUUAGUCUAUGAGUAUAUGGCCAACGGGAGCCUAGAAGACCGCCUUUUCCGGCGAAGGAACACCCCAUCUCUUCCUUGGCAACUGAGAUUCCGAAUUGCUGCAGAUAUUGGCACAGGUCUCCACUUCCUCCACCUGACCAAGCCCGAACCACUUGUUCACCGUGACCUAAAACCAGCAAACAUUUUACUUGAUCGAAACUUUGUUAGCAAGAUCAGUGAUGUUGGUUUGGCUAGGCUCCUUCCUCCAUCAGUGUCUAAUGCUGUAACUCAGUAUCGCAUGACAGCAGCUGCUGGAACAUUCUGUUAUAUUGACCCAGAGUAUCAACAGACUGGCAUGCUUGGAAUAAAAUCAGAUAUAUAUUCACUCGGAAUCAUUUUUCUACAGAUAAUAACAGCCAAGCCUGCAAUGGGUUUGACUCACUAUAUUGAACUAGCUAUCGAGAAUGGAACUUUUGGGGUACUAGAUCCAACUGUUCCUGACUGGCCAGUUGAGGAGAUGAAGUUUGCCCAACUCUCUCUUCAGUGUGCUGACUACGGCGAAAGACGACCUGAUCUGGUAAUGUUGUUUGCCUGA